AUGGCGUCCCUGUUAGAAAUUUCGAUGUCGCAGUUUAACCACAUUCGGCAACUGACGCGGUUGCUAGCUUCUCUCGCGCUUUGCGUUCUCUGCUGCACGGCGAUGGGUGGUGCUGAGGACGUGGAUUGGUGUUAUCCUACAGAUUACCUUCGCGUAUCAACUCCAUGUUCGGGGAGCACGAGGGAGGUGUCGUACCAGAAGAUGCGCGAGUGCGUCGACCCGUUCCCCGUGCAAGGCGUGCACGACGAGCCCUGCUCAUGCAGCCCAGAGGACUACACGUCUGUCUAUGCCAUACAGGAAGGCAGCAACAAGUGCAUGGAGGCAUUCACUACAGAGAACUGCACUGGCGGAGACGGUGUGAGCCGAACAAUGGUCAACGACAUUUACUGCGAGCUCAAGAGCGUGGCAUGCAAGGAGGAGCACAUUCGCGCUGCCUACUCGCCCUGCUACCGGGCCAACGUCUCCCCCUCUUCCGCCCUUGCCGCUGCUGCUGGUGCCACUGGUGCUAAUGCUGCAACAGGCAAUGACACCCUCGUCCCCGCUAUAGAGGUUGUGUUUUACUUUGACAGCACGUGUAAUCCGCGCACCAAGGGCUCUGUGCACCUGCCGCCCAACACCUUCAUUCCCUGCGACCUAAACUGUGGGCCAGGGUCGUUUCUUGAACGAGACACUUGCCGCAAGUGCAAACCAGGCACGUACAGCAUGGGCGGUGGGCUGCGACUGGAGCGAUUUGAGGAGCUGGAUACCAACUUGUUCACUGCAACAUGUGAAUACAUGAAUGUCACAGGAAAGCAUCCCUGCCAAAGCUGGCGGGUGGACGCGGGGGUGUUGAGGGCGGGCCCAUACGACGAGCCCAACGACCUGUACCAGGACGAGUGUGCAGCAGACCCCGAUGAGAACUGCCACAACAACCUCAAGGCCACGCUCUCCAUGCCUGUCAAGCUCGUCCGCGACGGGUACGUGAAGUUCAACUACACGGCGAGUGCAGAGGCAGGCUACGACGGGCUCUCCUUCUUCAUCGAUGUGUCUGAGCGCCCCACCAUGCCCAUCGUCUCCGACCAGUUCACCCCGAUGCAAGUGCGCUUCAAUCUGAGCCGUGGAUUCCACACGCUCACAUGGACCUACAACAAGGACGAGAAGUGGACGCAAGGGCAAGACACCGCCACCAUCACUUUUAUAGAGGUGGAUGGUACAGACUUCAACGACCACACGUGCCUGCACUGCCCUGCCGGCUACUUCAGUGGGGAGGGCGCGUCUGAGUGCUCCCCUUGCCCUCUUGACACCGUCUCAACAGGGGGAGCCAGCGAGUGCAUGCCCUGUCCCGAGGGCACCUACUCUCUUGAACCCCCUCGCAUCAACUGCACCCAGCGCCCACCCUGCCAGGUGGAAAAGCAUGCGGCCUCCUCCUACUCUGACUGCGACGCCACCACCAAGACUAGAAAGAAGGUGUGGAAGUGGUUGGAGCCUCGUAUCUGCAGUCCCACAGCAGACAGCCCCCCCUCCCACCAGAUGAAACCGAGCCCUGCCCCCCAUGCCCGCCUGGGCAGGUAUCAGCAGUGCUACAAGUCAACAACACCAUCAUAUGCAAGUUCUGCCCCUCCGCGUGCACUGAAGUUCUUUAUUGAUGGCAUGGAGGUCGAGACAGUGCAGAUCCCGUUGAAGCCCACAGAGGUGCAGACGGUGAUGUGGGACGUGGAUGCAGGGCAGCACCAGUUCAUGUGGAUCUGUCAGGAGGUACCAGAGGGCGCACACCUGGCACCGUCAGGGCUGUGGUGGGAGCCAUGCCCGCCCGGCACGUACGGCAAGGGCGGAACCAACAACUGCACCAAGUGCCCUGCCAACACCUUCAACGAGGCCUCUUAUGGCACGGAGGAGUCAUGUGAGCCAUGUGGUGAGGGCACGUCAUCAGCAGAGGGCAGCAGCGAGUGCACCGUGGGCGACGUCUACAUCCCCACCUCCUUCUGCCACUACACACCGCCUCCCACCGCAUUCAACUCCUCGCGCCUCACGGUCUUUGACCUCUCUCCUCUCGCGCGCCUGCACCCGGACCAAAUGUUUGGGCCGAUAUACGACGAUCCCACAGCUCCGGAUAGGGAGCAGCGGUCGCUGUACUAUGUGAGCGUGUGCACGCGGGACAAUACCAAUGCCACCUGCUACGCCCCCCGAGGAGGCUCCCUCAACACAUAUGCCUGCCGAGUCAACCCCAGGUCACCGCUGGAGGGUCCGCGGCGCAGGGCAGUGAGUCUGGGCGACAGCAUAUCGCUGCACCCGCUGGGGGCGCACCCGGCGCUGGAGCGCAGGGGCUUUGUGAUGUCCCUGGAGGGGUCGCUGUGCGCGGGCAACAGCAUGCUGCGCGCCACCAACAUCUCCUUCAUCUGCGACCCUGACGCUGGCUACGGUGCCCCGGAGGCAUGGACGGACAAGGGCAAGGCAGCAGCAGUGGAUCCAAACCUCUCCUUCCCCAGCUGGGUGGUGCGCGGGGGCACAGUGCUCCCCAUCGGCGACGAGAAUGCAUGCAGCAUGGAGAUGGUGUGGUACACGGCGCACGCGUGCCCCAUGUGCACCAUGGAUGACUAUGAGCUCGUGGAGGUGUCGGGCUGUGUGGACAACAAGUACGCCACCUACAAGUACAAGCUGCCCAAGAUGUCGGGCUGUGUGGAUAACAAGUAA